AUGGGAGAUAACUUUGAAAAACUUAAGAAGAAGCUCACGGCGUACCUGUCGCCGGCCAAAAGCGCCCGCCUCGAGGACAUUCGCCUACAAAUCGACAUCCCGAGUGAGAGGGAUGGCCUGCCACUCAUCACAGUGAGGAUCAACGGUCAGGACAUCACGAUGAUGAUCGACAUCGGCUCGCCGGUGACAAUCGUCGGCAGAGAUGUCCAGAUCCCGGGACUGCGCAUGCGGGCAUCGGAGCUACGUCUGCAGUCCUACACCGUGCUGAAGCCCAACGGUCAGGUCAGGUUGUGCGCAAACUACAGCCUGACAGUGAAUCCACAGCUCCGGGUGGAUCCGUACCCACUGCCUGCGCCGGAGGACCUAUUCGCGAACAUACGAGGUCGAGUGUUCGCAAAGCUGGACAUCCGGCGGGCAUACGAGCACAUGGAGCUGGACGAGACGUCACGGGACCUCACCACGGUGACGACGCACCGCGGCUCGUUCCGGAUGAUCCGUAUGCCGUAUGGCAUCGCCAGCUGCGGCUUCCUGUUCCAGCAGGCAAUGGACAAGGUGCUGGAGGGACUGCCGGGCUGCGUGUGCUACAUUGAUGACGUUCUCAUCGCAGCGGAAGACGAGGCAGAGCUGUUGACACGGCUGGACCGGGUCCUGACUCGGCUGGAGCGUCACGGCCUCCGGCUGUAG